UCCUUGCCGUGGCUGCCAUUCCUUUCCUUGUCCACGCGUGUUUGACUCACAGCUGCGUUUGCCAUCGUCUGUGUGGGCAGCGUGCAUGUGCUAGGGGGAAGCUCCCGCCUCAUGGUGGGCAAAGGACCUGUCUGAUUCAGGGUAGUGUCCGACCCAUCCUGUCAUGGUGCUGGCUGGAAUAGCAUUGACAUUGGGUUGGCAGGCUGAGUGUUUGUUUUCUGGUUGGACGAGAGAUAGGAUACUGGUGAUGGUGUCAAGGUAUUUCGUGUGCAUGUCUACCAGGAUUCAAGAUGGUUUCUAAUAAUGGUGGACCUUCUGUUAUUUGUGAAAAAUGCCCAGAGAAUAUGAGUGGCGUUACUGAAGAUGGGUGGAGUUGUAUUACUUGUCCUAAAGGCUUAACUACAGAAGGAAAAUGUAAAUGCGCCAUUAAUGAAAUUUUAGUGGAAAGAGAUGUUAAUGGCAAGUUGUUGAAUGAAGCAUUGUGUAUACGCUGUGAUGCAAAUGAACCAUCAUUCUCUGCUUCAAAUGUCUUGGGAGAUAGGUGUAUAAGAUGUGAACAAACAUUCAUCAAUAUAAGCGAGUCUUGUGACUGUUCGGACCCAAAUAUUUUGACUGGAGGGUUAUGCUUCAGUAACAGCAGAAACUUCCCCUCAAAGGCAGUUGCAACUGUACGUUAUGGACAGCUAGGUAUAACAGUGGUAUCAGCAUGGUUUCUGAAAAACCUACAAGCAUCUGCAGCUGCUUGUUGGCUGUACUCCAAUCUAACGUCGUGCCAAGCACUUGGAAAUAUGUGUGUGAUGAACAUGAACUCAUUAAGCUCUACCACUAGUGAUGCAUGUGGUCUGUUUCAGUAUGUCUAUGCAAAUACAGCAGGGCUAGGCACUGUUCAUUCAGUAUCCUUCUGGAGACAGAAUCUUCCAUGGCUGUACUAUGGUGACCAGCCAGGAUUAGCAUCUCAAGUACUUGAUACAACCCAGUUCCCUACAAGCUUCAGUUUUAAAGGAACAAACAAGAAUAUAAAACUGCAGCUUAUCGCAGCUUCAUAUGAUGCAGAGGGAAACUUUCUUAAAUGGCAAAAUUUGGAAGGAGGUGUCUUGCAGCUUUGUCCUGACACACUGACUAGGCUGAAUGCUGCUUAUAUUUUUGGAACAACUUAUCAGCAAAGUUGUACAAUUUCUGUUUCCAAGAUGUUAUCGGAUUUUGCUAAUCCGAUAUUUUAUGAUGUGUAUCUUGAAUAUCAUGAUGAUGAUAGUGGACAGCAAUAUCUGUGGGCUGUGCCAGUUUUAAACUUAAAUCUUCAAUACAAUGAAAUGUCUGUGAAUCAAGGCAGCAAUAUGAACAAUUGGCUUUUGACUCGUCGGAUGUUUUUGGUGGAUAGUUUAAGUGGACAAGAGAAUGACUUGGGAAAACAACCAAGAAUAAUUCGAAUUGCUAGCAAAAUAACCAUCAGUAUUCGUCUUAUUCCCAAUACUCAGAGAGGAACUAUCUAUCCCCCUCUAAUUACCAUUGCCUACAAGGAUGUUCUUGUCCAAAACCCAGAUACCCAGAGUGUGAUGGUUUCCUUCUCAGUUAAUUAUGAAAUGAACCAAUCAGAGGCUCAAAUUCAGACAGAUAUUGCAUUGGGUGUGCUUGGUGGACUGGCAGUUUUAUGGUCUCUUCUGAAGACUGCUGGCUGGAAGAGGCGGAUAGGGAGCCCUAUAAUUGACUUGCAGACAGUUUUGAAGUUCUUGCUGUUUUAUGCUGGAGACCUUGCCAAUGUUUUCUUUAUCAUCACAGUGGGAACAGGGCUUUUCUGGCUUAUUUUCUUCAAAGCACAGCAGUUUGUCUCGGUUCUUUUACCACUUCCAUCUCAAGAAGAGGUUUUCGUUACAUAUGUAGGAUGUGCUUUUGCUCUAAAGGCUCUGCAAUUUUUGCAUAAACUAUUUUCACAACUUACUGUAGAUGUUUUCUUUAUUGACUGGGAGCGUCCUAAAGGCAAAAUCCUUAAAGCCGUUGAAGGUGAAGGUGGUAUAAAAAGUGUCGCUGCACCUGUGAGCAUAUGGAGGACAUAUUUUAUAGCAAAUGAAUGGAAUGAAAUUCAGACUGUGAGGAAGAUAAAUCCACUCUUUCAAGUGCUUGCAGUUCUUUUCUUCUUGGAGGUUGUUGGAUUUUCAAACCUGGCUUUAAUGGAUUCUUCUUCGAGUCUUAUAAGAAGCAGUGAGAGUUACAUAGCUCCCUGGAGCCGCAUUCUGAGAUUUGGUGUGUCUACUGUCCUCUGGCUAGUCAUUGCCAUGUUACAGAUCAUAUUCUUUGCUGCAUUUUAUGAGAGAUUUGUAGAAGAUAAGAUAAGACAAUUUGUUGAUUUGUGCUCUAUGAGCAAUAUUUCAGUAUUUCUCUUGUCACACAGAUGCUUUGGGUAUUAUAUCCAUGGUCGGUCUGUACAUGGACACGCAGAUACCAAUAUGGAAGAAAUGAAUAUGAACCUAAAGAGAGAAGCGGAAAAUUUGUGUAGUCAAAGAGGUUUGUUACCCAACACAGAUGGCCAGACAUUUCAGAUUUCCAUUUCAAGCAAGAUGAGACAGCAGUAUGAUAGGAUUCAUGAAACCUUAACAAGGAAACAUGGUCCUGCUAGACUUUUAGAUUCAUCUGCAACUACUUUUGAACAGAGUACUAAGGCAUACCAUACCAUGAACAAAUUUCUUGGCUCCUUUAUUGACCAUGUUCAUAAAGAUAUGGAUUAUAUUGUAAAGGACAAGUUGCUGCUUGAACGAAUUAUUGGCAUGGAGUUCAUGGAACCAAUGGAAAAAAGUAUCUUUUACAAUGAUGAAGGACAUUCUUUCAGCGAUGUUCUCUUUUAUGGCAAUGAGGCCACACUUCUCAUCUUCGAUAUACUGUUUUUCUCUGUUGUGGAUUUGGCUUCCCAAAGUUUUGUCCUAGCAGCUGUUCUCACAUAUUUGCAACAGGAGAUUUUUAGGUUUAUUCGUAACACUGCUGGGCAGAAGAAUUUGGCAUCCAAAACCUUGGUGGAUGAAAGAUUUCUUAUUUAAUUGACUCAAAAGAUGAAAUACUUUGUACAAGAACUAAUCAUGGAAUGAAACCUUCCUAAGCUACAGAUUAGUCUGCAGUGCUAUGUAAAUAUUAAUGUAAAUCUUUUGACUUUUUUCUUUUUAUAUUGUGCGCUAUAAAGUUUUGUUUUUGUAUAACUUUCAGAUGUUUUUGUGUUAUGAAUAGUAAACCAUAUGUCUUGAUACGUGACACCAAGACAGUCAGAAAUUAAGCCGAGCACUGUCAUUAUCAGAAGAUAAAAUCAAUUUAUUGCCUUCAGUGAGGGUAUAUGCCAUUUGUUUUUAAGAGAUAAUUUCAGUGCUUCUGCUGCUGAGUGGAGUUAUAAUUUUCCUCAUAUGUACGUGUUUCCAAAAUAGCUCAAAGAAAUUAGACCUUAUUUUUGGAAUUUACUGUGAAAUGCAAUCAAAUGUAUUUCAGGUUCACCACAAGUGAGGAUCUGCCAUGAAUUCCUAACUAAACAAAUACUUAGAAGACCAUUGAGACUAAGUAGUUGAAUCUUUCUCACUUAUCUAAAAUAACUUCAGCGUGAAAGUUUAAAUUGUGUGAUUGCUGAUGCGGUUUGAUCCACUUGAGCCCACCCUUUGGGUUUGUCUAAUUUAUCGUUGGGUCAGUAUUGCUUUUUUUUUCCUGCAUUGAUUGCAUAUAACAUAGCACAUGUGUGUUUGAACAUUUGCUAGUCUUACGACUAUAUAGCUGUGUGGCCCAGUGAAUAGGGCAAAGGAUGGAGAUGCAGGAGGCCUUGAUUCCUUGUUCCUGAUCUUCUGUGGAAUUAAUGUGACCUUGAGCAGGGCACUUAACUGCUCUAGACUUGUUUUCAUAGACUUGAAUUUGAGGCACUGAUACUUUCCUUUUUAAAAUGCACUGAGAUGCUCUGUGGAUGGAAAGGGCUGUGCAAGUGCCUAUUCUUAUAUUAUUGUUUUAAUAUAUUCCCUGAUUAUCCCAUUUUCUGACAUCAUUUCCUCAUGAUUUAAAAUAAUGACCAUAUCCCACAUACAUUACUUCAGCCAUUGGAAUGUAAACAGCUGAAUAGUUGUUAAAAUGCUACUUACUAAGGAUUCAGAGAGAUUUUCAAAGGCUAAAGGGGCAGGUGAGUGCCUGAUCCCCAAUCGUGCCUUUGAAAAGUCUCCCUGCUCAAGUGUGUUUUAAAAUAACAUUUGUUUUUCAGUAAAUGAUUACUCCACUGCAUGGUGUCAUGGUUUCAUAGCCAUGCCACUUGUCUUAAGAUUAUUCAGCGGGGAACAAUCAGCAAAAAACGUAAAGAUCCAAGUUCAGAAAAGCAUCUCUAUUUAAGAAUAGCACUUAAGUCCCAUUUAAGACAAUGGGACUUAAGCAGAUGUUUAAUUUUAAAUGUGCUUAUCUGACCCAGGGCCAACAUAUCUGAUAGAGGUAUUAUAUUUGAGAUUCUUCUUAGCUACAUAAAGAGGAAGAUGUCUAUUAUGGUGCCAUAUCAUGUCUUUAAGCUGUGGUUACCAUAGAUUUCAGUCUCAAAGCCAUUACAGAUCCAGUAUACUUACUUCUGGUUUGCAAAAUAAUUGCUACUUGCUAAUUCAGAAUAGUUACCAUUAACUGGUAAAAUGUUGCGACUCUCCUGAGGUCAUGGUGAAGUUAGAUGGCAUAAUCUGAGGGCCUGACUUUUCAGUGGGGCAUCCAUUUAUUUACAUGCAGCUUAUCACAAGACUAUAUUUCAUUGGUAGGGUAGGAAUUAAUGGUAAAUUCUCAGAAUGGAGAGGGGUAACUGGUGGUGUUC